UCCGUGACGGUGAGGCGGGGCGCCCGCGGGAAGGCAAUUUCAGUGGGGCAGUGAGAUCUGAGAUUCCACCUGCACAUUGUCACACGAGUGUGUGCUGGUUCCUCCAAAUUCCUCGGCGGAUCCUUUAUGAUCAGGGAUAUAAGACUGGAAAGGUAACCUUUGUUAGAAAGGAUGGAGUUGGGGAAAGGGAGACUUCUCAGAACUGGGCUGAAUGCACUGUAUCAAGCAAUACACCCAAUUCAUGGCCUGGCCUGGACUGAUGGGACCCAGGUACUCCUGACUGAUUUACAGCUUCACAGUGGAGAGGCUGCAUUUGGGGACUCAAAGGUCAUUGGACAAUUUGAAUGUGUGUAUAAGGUGUCCUGGGCCCCGCAUGGCACAACUGACAGGCCUGCCCUGCUCGCCGUCCAGCACGAGAAGCACAUCAGUGUUUGGCAGCUCUGGCCCAGCACUACAGAGACCAGCCAGUGGCUGACAUCUCAGACCUGUGAGAUUGGAGUGUCACUUCCUAUCCUCCCCCAGGGCUGUGUGUGGCACCCCAAAAGUGCUAUCCUGACUGUGUUGACGGCACAGGAUGUCUCCCUUUACCAUAAUGUUCACUGUGACAGUUCCCAGGUAAAAGCAGACAUCAACACCCAGGGCUUCAUUCACUGUGCAUGUUGGACCCAGGAUGGCCAGAGGCUGGUAGUAGCAGUAGGCAGCAGCCUGCAUUCUUACAUGUGGGACAGUGUUCAGAAGACUCUUCACAAGUGUUCCUUCUACCCAGUGUUUGAGGUGGACAGCUAUAUCCGCUCCAUUGGGGCCACUGUGGACUCACAGGUCACCGUAGCCACUGAGCUCCCCCUAGAUAAGAUCUGUGGCUUAAAUGCAGCUGAGGCCUUUGACACUCAGCUUUGUGGUGAAGACACUUGUUUACAUACUUCACCGGUUAUUGAUGAAAUAUCCUCUGCGGAUAAGGGGGCAGUCCCUCCUGAAACAUCAGUUUCUCCCAUUUCUUCUUCCUUUUUAGAUCCUUUGGAUCUAACUCAUAUACGUUUUGAUAAAUCCAGGUCUGAGGAUAGUUCUCUUCUUUGUCUAAGAAAAAAGGGCCACUUCUCAGGAACUGGCUUUGAUUCUUCACAUUUGGUCCUUAUAACCUUUGAGAAAGAUGUUAUUGGAACCAGAAAAUUAGCCAUUCCAGGUAUUCUGGUUCCUGAUCUAAUAGCAUUUAAUCCUAAAGCACAGGUAGUGGCAGUAGCUUCUAAUACUUGUAAUAUAAUUUUUAUCUAUUCUGUCAUUCCAUCAUUUAUGCCAAACAUCCAGCAAAUUCAGUUAGAGAGUAGUGAAAGACCAAAAGGCAUUUGUUUCUUGACAGAUAAAUUAUUAUUAAUUUUGGUGGGAAAACAAAAAGCCACAGAUUCAGCAUUUCUUCCUUCUUCAAAAUCUGAUCAAUAUAUCAUUCGUUUGAUUGUUAGAGAAGUAAUGUUGGAAAAAUUGUCAAUAACAUUGAGUGAAAGCCAGAGUGACUCCUCUCCUUUCAAUACUCUGCUAAAUAUAACAAAUAAAAAGCAGCUGAUUAAAAGUCUGCCCCCAGAUUUUUGUCUCCAAAACAGUUGGCUCUUGUCAACAGCUAAUAACAACAGUCAAAGUGACAGGCCUGGACAUACCCUUAUUAAAGAAGUCAAAAGUCCUCCUUCCAGUAUCCGUGAUGACUUCAUAGCCCUGGAAACUCUAGAUGCUAAACCUCUUAACCAGCCGGAAAUGCUGCCCAGAACCUGUAGUUCACCAGACCACACCAGCACCCUGGAAUCUCCCAACUUGCUUCAAAUGAAGAACUUACAAAGGGAAAAGGAAACUUAUCAGCUGUCUAAAGAACUGGAAAUUUUGUCUCGGAACCUGACUGAAGUACAGCAGUGUCUUUCUUCACUCAAAGACUUCCUGCAUAACGGAAAGAAAAUUUCUCCCACAUAUCCACUCUUUCAGGAUCUGCCUUAUGUUCACAUCACUUACCAGAAACCUGUUGUUGAAAAAAGAACCCUGCUUCUCUGCAAUGGCAAACUAAGGCUCAGUACAGUCCAGCAGGCUUUUGGCCUCUCUCUUAUCGAAAUGCUGCAUGACUCCCACUGGAUUCUUCUCUCUGCUGAUAGUGAAGGCUUUAUCCCGGUAACUUUCACAACCACAGAGGAAAUAAUCAUAAGAGAUGGCAGCCUCUAGAUCCAGUGUUUUCAGAGCUCCCAGUCCUUCUCUUGAAGUUUUUAGAAACCUUAAUUCCCAAGGUUUGGAUGACUGUGCUAACCAUUUAGGCAGUGUGGCUGGAUAUUGUUUGCGGAGUAUGUGCUGCGUUGUUUUUCAGCUGAGACCAUUACAGACACGAUCUGUUUUCCACUGUGGACUCUCCCCAGCUGGGAUUUGCACUUCACAGCAGUGAAGCACUUGCCGUAGUUGGCAUGCCUGCUGCUCUCCUGCUUCCCCAGCCGAGGCUGACUGCUCUGUGGCUGAGCUCAGUCUUUAUGAGAUGGCUCAGAAAGUGGCUGCUUAUGUAUUUAUGACUGCAGUUUUGUCUAAGGGCAGAAUUCCCAGAACAAAACAAUAUUAUGGUGCCAUAUGGAUUGUGUUUUAUUGUUUCUCUGAGGUUUUCUGUCCCUUGCCCAAAACUGUGUUAACGCUGUCGUAGAAGCACUUAAAAGGUACCUAACAUUGUCAUAGAUCUUUUUCUUGGCUAAAGAUGAGGGUAAGAAAUGUUAGAGAAGCUGUGCCUCAGCAUAUCCUUUUUACCCCAAACCAGUAGGAAUCAGCAAAGCUGGAAGGAAGACAAUGAUCAGAUCACCUUAUGCCCCCAGGGCUGACUUAGAACAGGAAGUAUUUCUAGUGUUGGCUGGAUCUCCCAGGAUUUAAACCUAACCCUCUUGCUUCCUUCGAAAAUUGUGAUUUACAUAGAUCUAAUACUCCUGAAGACUGGCCCUGAGCAAAUUUCAAGUGUUUAUAGACUCCUGGAGACUAGAUCCAUUGUUUUCAGCAAGUGCUGUUAGAAGUACAAAGCUGUGCACAGGUGAGGCCCAAGGCCUGCAUUUGAGCUGCUACCACUUGUGAUUUCUCGCUGAUAAGCCUUUUUAAAAAAAAGUUUUCCAAAAUUUUCCUAUUUUUCUCCCAGUAAUCAAUUCCCCUCAAUUUUCACUUACAUUUUGAUAUUUCUCUUUGUCCACUAUUUAACUUUUAGAGACCAGCCUAGAGUUUGUGAGAAAAAGUUCUUCAGAAAGUUGGAAAUUUCAGUGACUCUAAAGUAGCUCUAAAAAGUGCCAAUUUAUUAUAAUUAUGGGUUAAAGUACCAGCUUAGCAUGUUGGAAAAAAACUUUUCUUCCAGCUUCAGAUAGACACAUCACUUCCACGGCCUUCAAAUAGGACCAUUAAUUUCAGUUACUUCAGCAUAACAAAAUUGAUCAGUGUGUGGCUAGUCAGAGCACAUCUGCAGAGAAAUUGUUUCAGUCUUCCAAGCUCCAUUAGCACAUAUGUAUCUCCUUCCCCCUUUCCCCCCACUCCUUUAAAAUGAUCUAGAAAGAAACAUUGUAUGCCUUGGGGACUCCUGUCUUCAGUUUAUGAAGAUGGAGCUGGGAUAGAGAAGGAGGGAGGGCCCAUUUGUGGUUCAGAUGCAUUAGACAGCUGCCAGGAUAAUGGAAGUGGAGGCCACUUGUCUGUACUCAGUUGCCUGAUGGAGGCGGCUGAGGACAGUGAGGCCUGGCUCAAUUUGCAAAGGAAGUAUCAGGAGGGAUGAAAGUACACUGUUGUGAAGCCCAAAGAGGGGGUUAGGCGGAUUCUGAAGUGAGAUCAGUGAGGUGCCCCAAGAUAGAUGUUAUAAUCACAUUUCACUGAUCAAAAAAUUCUGUGAAUGUAUCUUCAAUAAAAUCACUAAUGGUUGUGGCUGAUUAUUGCUGGUAUAGAGAAAUGUUCUUGAUUGUGUGUGUAUAUAUUUGGGUUCAUAUUUCACUUCUGGUGGACAGUCUAGACUACAAAUUAUUUCUUUUUCUACAACAAAUCUGAUUCCAUGACAUCUCUCAAAAGAUUUUUCCUUGACCUUUGGCGGUAUUAUAAUGAUUGGAACAAUAGAAGGUAAUCCAGUAUUUGCUGACUUUUGAGACAGGAAGAAAGUUAAGUUCUUCAGUGCUUAACAUACUGAGAAUAUUUCGCAUUUGGAAAGACAUUAUUUAUACAUCCCAAUUUGUACCCAAAUUUAUUAAAUUUUGUGUGGCUAUUAUUUGAUACUUGCAGUUGAUAUAAAAUACAGAAUGGCUUAAUAAUAAGCUGAACCCCCUACCAUUAGGACAUCACCAGGAACCUUUCUAGCUCCUUCUGUGCUCCUCCUUGAUCCUUCUCUCUCCAUCCCAGAGAUAACUAACUCUUGAUUGUUGUAAUUAUCAUAUCUUCUUUCUUUUUAAAAAAGUUCCACAAUAGCCACUGUAACUCUUUGGCCUAAACUCUUUGGCCUAUUUUGAACUUUAUAUAAAUGGUAUUGUAUAUAUAGU